UUGGCACUAUCAAUUAAACGACAUCGUUUGAUGAUGAAAUUGUCAAAACCCUAAUCCACCCAACCUGUGAGGCGCGCAGAUGCACAGAGCCAUGGAGACAAGAAUCUGCGCAUCUCUUGGUUUGCCUUCCACCAACACAAACCAACACCCACCUCUACCAGGAUUCCGAUCCCUCUUCGACCACUUUACCGCUCUGGUAUCCACCCAAAACCCUGAUACCUUUUUCUCAAGACCACAGAAGUGCCUCAAGAACAACUCUGCAUUUGCCUCAACGUACAUCUCCACAGAUCCCAAACCCACACUCAUAUCCACCAAUUCGCUUGAAUUCAAUCCCAAAUCCCGAAAUUCUCGAAAAACUUCAACAUCCACAUGGGUUCAUCUUCCAUUUGCAUCGACUACAUCUGCAGCUGAGCCCCAAUCCAAACCCGAAUUUCCAAAAUGGUUGAAACCGACUCCAGGGAGCAACCCCAAAGUCCAAUCCCUUAUGAAGAAUUUAUCAGUCUUCGAAAGAGCUCUUAUUGGGGCUGGUGGUGGUGGUAUAGCGGGUGCGUUCACUUAUGUCUGCUUGCACCCACUUGACACUAUCAAAACCAAAAUGCAAACAAAGGGUGCCGCUCAGAUUUACCGCAAUUCAUUAGAUGCUGUAGUGAAGACCUUCCGAGAAAGGGGAAUUCUUGGAUUUUAUAGUGGAGUUUCUGCCGUCAUCGUGGGGUCUACGGCUUCUUCGGCUGUGUAUUUUGGGACUUGUGAGUUUGGGAAAUCAUUUUUAUCGAAGUUUGAGAUGUACCCAUCUGUGCUUAUUCCUCCUACUGCUGGUGCCAUGGGCAAUAUUGUGUCAUCGGCUAUUAUGGUGCCGAAAGAGUUGAUCACGCAGCGAAUGCAAGCUGGUGCUAAGGGGAGAUCGUGGGAGGUUUUGUUGAAAAUAUUGGAGAAAGAUGGUAUUUUAGGUCUUUAUGCUGGAUACUCGGCUACAUUGUUGAGGAAUUUGCCUGCUGGAGUGUUGAAUUAUUCCUCAUUUGAGUACUUAAAAGCUGCAGUUAUGAGUAGGACCAAGAAGAGCCAUUUGGAGCCAAUUCAGAGUGUUUGUUGUGGAGCAUUGGCUGGGGCAAUAUCGGCUUCUCUAACAACACCACUUGACGUGGUGAAGACAAGGCUGAUGACUCAGGUCCAUGGUGACGCCAUGAAUAAGGUUGCAGCCGCAAUGUAUAGUGGAGUUGCAGCAACUGUGAAGCAGAUUUUGAAGGAGGAAGGAUGGAUUGGUUUGACUAGAGGAAUGGGGCCUAGAGUAGUUCAUAGUGCUUGUUUUUCAGCACUGGGGUAUUGUGCUUUUGAGACUGCAAGGCUUACAAUUUUGCAUCAGUACUUGAAGAAGAAGGAGAUGUCUGAGAUGAAUGUUGCUCCUGCUUGAUUUGGUGGCCAAGGUAACCAUUUUGCAAGAUGAAACAUUCAACCAAUUUGAUUGUGUAGCUUGCAUCACGAAGACUGGAGAAUAGGUAAAAUCAUGAAGCAAAGGGCCAUUGCAAAUUUCUGGCGCAGAGAAACAACCUUGUUUGGUCUGAACAUGUUUUCAAGUUUAAGGCCUCCAGCACCAGUACAGUAGUGUAGUAGGGGAAAUGAACUUCAAUUUGUUGCGCUUUUGACUUCUUUUCUUUUCUUUUUGGAUAUUAUUUUUGUAACAUUAUAGGGAAAAUGAACUGAAUCUUCAACAUUGUUUAAGAGCUGAUAAAGUUAACGAAAUAAGACUUUUUUGUUCUA